AUGAAAAUAAUAUUUUCUAAUUUUACACAUACCCAAAGAUUUAUAGAUAAUAUUUAUUUAAAUUCAGAUUUAUAUUGCGAAAAGCAACAAUUGUUACAAUAUAAUGAUGAAGUUCAACAACAGUGUUAUGUAAUGCAAUCUCCUAUUGCACCAAAUAAAUUCCAAUUUAGAGAUUUCAUUUACCAAAUGAAUUUAAAGGAUCUUAUUAUUUCAAAAUAUUUUGGUUUUUCAAAUUUAGGAUAUCUUAGAGAUGAAUGGUUAAUUAUCAGUGUUUUACUAUUUGCAUUUUUACCAAUUUGUAUUUUUUUAGUAUCAAAUAAAUUUUUAACACCCUAUUUAUUGCAAUCAAAAAAAAUAAAAGAUAAACACCAACGUCAGCAUCAACUUCUAUAUCAAUUUACCCACUUUGUAAAUCCACAAUAUAUAAGCGAAAACAACUUAAACCAACUCUAUCAUGGAAUAAUAAGAGGAUUUAUAGGUUUAUAUUUUACAAUCAGUUGCUUUUUAAAUAUGAUAAACAAAUCAUAUCAAGAGAAUUUAAAUUUUAUAGUAAUUUCCUUUUUAAUCUUUAAAUUAACAGAUAUUACUCUUUUAUCUUUAUAUAAAAGUAAUGAUAAAUUGCUUUAUAUUCGUCAUAUUAUUUCAUUUUUUUGUUUAUAUUUUUCAAUUUAUUUAGAUAAAGAAGGUUUAAAGUAUAUUUAUUUAUUAAUAUUUGACGAAUUUUUGCAUGUUAUUAAUAUAACAUAUGAUUUAUUUCAAGUUUUAAAAUUCAAUUCAAAUUAUAAAUUUUUUGUUUCAACAAUGGGUUUAUGUUUUAUUUCAAUGACAGUGUUACCAAAACAACUAUGGAUUAUUUAUGAUUCAACUUUAAUAAACCCUUUUAAUCUAUCAACUUUACUAGUCACAUUAUCAUUAGUAAUCGUGAUAAUAUUAGAACUUUUAUAUUCUAUUAAAUUUAUUAAAGAAAUUGUAAAAUCAUAUUCAAAAAUCUCAUUUUAA